GUUUGUAGAGGAAAACACAUCAAUUUGAAGACGGAAAUACAUUGCGACGGCUUCCAACUGCCACCCCAGCAGAUACAAAGCAGAUACAUGUCUUUUAUACAUUUUGCACUGUGAUUUUUGAAAGAAUCAUUGUAAACAAGUCAAGAAACGUUAAAGUGACAAUCAAAAUGACAAAUUAUAAUCCGUAACCCCCCUGUAGAGCGCAAGGACGCAGACAACAUACAUAAAUUUAGAAGUCUGUUAUUGUUACCUUUCAAGUUUCAAUAACGUUAAAUUGUUGUUUCUUUUCAUUGAUAAGCUAGAAAACGUUUAAUUGCGAAGAGAAGGGGCUAAAUUUCAACGAAGCGAUGCCGUUUUGUCGAACGACAAGUACAUGGGCGACAAAUAUAGCAACUGAAGACGAAGGUCGCAGACAGUAUGUGGUUCAACUGAAACGCGACGUUAACUGUUGCGAGGACAAAUACAAACUAUUUGUUGACAAUGAAGAAAAGGAAAACGACUUAACAGAUAAUCCCUGUAGUCCACUUUGUUGUAAAGGCGGUAGUUACCAGUGGCAGGAUCAUGGGCACGAAUUCAAUUUAGUCUACAAUGCUCUGUCCCUGACUGGAGUUGUUGGCAAACACCGUCUGUUCAUUGAUGAUGUUGAUUGCAACACGGGCCGUGAAUUUGGAGAGUUUUUCCGCCGUCGUGGAUAUCAGUUCAUUGUAUUUGGUUUCCUCAUUUUACUUGCUGGUGUUAUUUGGGCUUCAAUAUUUCGCUUUAUUAUUCACUCGUCUUCAGUCUCGGUAGUUGGUUACGCUUUCAUUAUAGCGGGUUUAAUUUGGAUGAUAACUGGUAUUAUUCCUGUACUACGAUACAGAAAUUCUCGGCCUGCUUACUCACGACCAGUUCAUUUCGAUGCAGAAGGGCCAAAAGAUGAAGGCGUACUUGAUCUGUAAUUUGUGGAUAAACGACAUUGAUAUAUACACACAUGUAGUAGCAAGGCAAAUAGGUAAUGGACCACCUUUGAGAUAAUAAAUUCUGAGUAUUAAACUGUUGAGUUUACAUUUGUUAGCAUCGACUGUGCGGUAGCCUGCAUGUAUUUUGAAUACCAUAUAAAGUAUUGGAUUUUAAAAUGACAUGAUUUUAAAAUGAUUUAUUUACAUUUAAUUAAUAUAACCUAUAUAGUAUUAGUAUUAAAUUUUCUCAACUAUCUGUUCAUGUCAAGUCACAUGCAAACUCUACAGUACUUUAUUCUCUAUAUAUCUAAAUUCGCUGAAUUAUAACACAAGGGUAUGUCUGUUUCUGUAAAAUAAUUGCCUUUUCUUCAGCAAAUUUAAAAUAGCAUAGGCCAAUGAUCCACGGAUAGGAUCCAGGGUAGGUCAGAAUAAAUUAUAACAGCUCCAACUUAGUCACAAUGGUACAUUAUGUAAAAUUAUCUUUUGGAAGCAAAUCACCAAUGGUGUUUUUUUUAUCAAAGUAUCUUGAAUUGAAAUUAGGCUGUGUAAUUUAUUAUGACUUACCCUGAAUCUGCCACUGGUGUAGCCACUAAACACACCAAACUUGUUCUGGUUGUAAAUGUCCAAUCCAGUAGAUUAAUACAUAUUGAGAUCAUGAACAUAUUAGUCUUAACAAAACCAGAAAUUGUGUUACAUAAAACUAUGUAAUUGACAGUAGGCAUAUUUAUGCCCAACAAUACUUUUGGAUUAAUGGCAUUCAGUAGACAGUUCUGCAUUUCCACCUUUUGGCAUCUCCUUUUCAAGGGUGUUAAAUUAAUUCUGGGUGGUUGGGAUUUGUCCAUCCAAGAGGAUCAUUAUGUAAUUGUGUCAUUUCUCCCAAUUGUGUAUUUGGACAAAUGAGAAUCUGGAUGUAGUUAUAGGAAUUUUUAGGAAAUUAACAAUAAACUAUAUUAA